AUGUCUCGAUGUCUGCGGCCAUCCUGCAUCUUUCGGCCAUCCAAGCCAGCUUCAUUUGCUGUAGCCCGUCGUUUUUCCACCCAUCACAGUACGAUUGAAUCCCCGGAUCUAUUUGAAUACACGUCCGGACGCUGGAUCUAUAAUGACGCGUUGAGACACCGUGAGAGGAAACGUGUCUUUAAUGUUUCUGCGCUCAAACGCCUUGCGGCUCAAUCCGUACGAAAGAAAGAAGAAGAUGUGGUCGGUUUUGAGAAACUCGCCGAGGGAGGGUUCAACCGAAGCUUUUUAGUCACAAUGCGGGACAGUUCUCGGUUUGUUGCCCGUAUUCCGUAUCCAAUCACAGAGCCAAGUUCCUUGGUUAUCGUAAGUGAAGUGGCUACAAUGGACUUUCUCCGUUCCCACGAAAUACCAGUCCCAAAGAUCUAUGGGUACUCUGCGACUCCAGACAAUCCCGCGGAAACAGAAUAUAUAUUUAUGGAGUUUGUUCAGGGAACGAACCUGGGUGACAUCUGGUUUGAUUUGUCAGAAAGACAGAGGGCUAAAAUAGUGACGAAUCUGGUGCAGCUAGAGUCGCGGUUGUUUGCUUUGAGAUUCCCAGCCAGUGGAUGUCUCUACUACAGCUCUGACUUUACAGACAGCAGUCGAGUCAUUCUUCCCAGCCAAUACCCUACAGAUGAAGCCCGUUUCUGUAUUGGACCUGAUACCUCACUUGGGCUGUGGUAUGGCAAAAGACUUAACCUGCCAGUAGAGCGUGGACCAUAUAGAGACUGCUUACAAGCCCUGACUGCCGGUGCCACCAAAGAAAUUGCAUACCUGUCCGAAUUUGGAAACCCCCGCCAGCCUAUCCAACGUCUACGUAGGGAGACCUACGACUAUCAGCCACAAUCGCAUCUCGAUUAUAUGGCAACCCUGCGGCAAUAUCUACAAGUUGCGCCGAGCCUCAUCCCUCACAGCACCCCAGCCCUCCAUCGUCCAGUGUUACGACAUCCCGAUCUGCAACCGAACAACAUCAUCGUUUCUGAUGAGCUCGAAAUCAACGGGUUAAUCGACUGGCAGCACACCACGGUUCUUCCCCUUUUCCUGCAGUGCGCCAUUCCGAACAGUUUGCAAAACUACGGCGACGAAGUUUCUGAAUCGCUUCAGAAACCAACACUGCCUAGUAAUUUCCACGAGCUGGAACCGGAAGAACAAUGUCACCAGGCUGAACUCUUUCGUAAACGUCAUCUUCACUAUUGCUACGUCAAAACAACAGCAGAGAUGAACCCUGAUCACUAUGACGCAUUGUCCCAUGAUUACAGCACGCUCCGGCGGCGACUAUAUCACCACGCAAGCGACCCCUGGGAGGGCGACAACGUGACACUGAAAUCAAAUCUCAUCUCCCUGUCGAAACAUUGGAAGGACGUUACCGGUAGAAAGUCUUCUUGCCCGCUUGUGUACCCCGAAGCUGAAGCCAAUGAAUGUGUAAGGCUGGCACACGCGCAAACCGAGGCGGAUGAACAAUUGAAGAUUUGCCAGGAGCUGAUUGGUGUCGGGAAUGAGGGCUGGGUCCCGGUUGAUCACUAUGAGGAAGCCAAAGCACGUGAACAAAGACUGAAGAAGGCUGCCCUUGAUGCUGCGGAAACUGCGGAGGAGCGAAUGAGAAUAGAAGAGAACUGGAUAUUUGAUGACUUUUGCGAGGACGAAUACAUGUGAGCGGGCAAUAAAAUGGCUUUGCGUUGUUGUUUCAAUUCGGUAGUAGUAUCCCCAGGAUCUUGAUC